AGGUGGGGGCGGGGUAUGGCGCGCUGUGCGGCGCUGGGCGGCUGGCACAAACGACGGCGCCGAGGCCGGAGGAAAAAGCUCGCCACCCUGACGGGUCCUUUCCCAAGCCCCUAGGGGCGGCAGAGGACUUGGGGACCAGCGAGCACCCCCAGGGCACGAGAAGAGCCUCUGCUGCCUGCCCUGCCUCAUCCUGCCCCACGCCAGGCUCAGCCGUUCCGGCCCCCGGCUGCAUCAAGUGGAGGAGGCGGAGGCGGAGGAGGGUGGCACCAUGGGCCCGGGCCGUGCCCUCCAUGCCCGGGGGAUGAAGACGCUGCUGCCAUGGACAGCCCGUGCCAGCCGCAGCCCUUGAGUCAGGCUCUCCCUCAGUUGCCGGGUUCUGUGUCAGAGCCCUCGGAGCCUGGCCGGGCCAGGAUGGGGGUGGAGAGUUACCUGCCCUGUCCCCUGCUACCCUCCUACCACCGACCAGGAGCACCUGGUGAGGCCUCGGCGGGGAGUGGGACCCCCAGGGUCACAGCCACUUCCACCACAGCCAGCCCCCUGCGGGAGGGCUUAGGCGGGCAGGAUGGUGGUGAGCUGCGGCCCCUGCAGAGUGAGGGUGCUGCAGCACUGGUCACCAAGGGGUGCCAGCGACUGGCGGCCCAGGGCGCCCGGCCUGAGGCCCCCAAACGGAAGUGGGCAGAGGAUGGCGGGGAUGCCCCUGCACCCAGCAAGCGGUCCUGGGCCAGGCAGGAGAACCGGGAGGCAGAGGCCGAAGGGGAGGGCGGGAUGGGCUGCAGCAGUGACAGUGGCGAGGCCAGCGCAGGGCUGAGGGAGGAGGUGCUGCCCGCCACACCCGAGCGCCUGGCCCUGGACUAUAUUGUGCCCUGCAUGCGGUACUAUGGCAUCUGUGUCAAGGACAGCUUCCUGGGGGCAGCAUUGGGUGGCUGUGUGCUGGCCGAGGUGGAGGCCCUGAAGCGGAGUGGGCGCCUGCGUGACGGGCAGCUGGUGAGCCAGCGGGCUAUCCCGCCACGCAGCAUUCGCGGGGACCAGAUUGCCUGGGUGGAAGGCCACGAGCCGGGCUGCCGAAGCAUCGGGGUCCUCAUGGCCCACGUGGAUGCUGUAAUCCGCCACUGUGCUGGGCGCCUGGGUGGCUACGUCAUCAACGGGCGCACCAAGGCCAUGGUGGCGUGUUACCCAGGCAACGGGCUGGGGUACGUGAGGCAUGUUGACAAUCCCCAUGGCGAUGGCCGCUGCAUCACCUGUAUCUAUUACCUGAAUCAGAACUGGGACGUCAAGGUGCAUGGCGGCCUGCUGCAGAUCUUCCCUGAGGGCCGGCCUGUGGUUGCCAACAUCGAGCCACUCUUUGAUCGGUUGCUCAUUUUCUCUGGGCGAACCCCAUGUGAGGUGAAACCAGCCUAUGCCACCAGGUACUUCAUCACUGUUCAUUUUGAUGCCAAGGAGCCGGCAGCAGCACAAGUAUCAGCUAUAGGCCUCCAAGCCUCCCAAAGGCAUCCUCCCUCAAACCCCAUUGACCAGGACAUGGAGAGCUGGAAGGAGGUAUUGCUGCCUCCCGCCAGGAUGCAGGAAUAG